UAUAUCCGAGAUUUUCGAGUAGAAGCAUGCCUCCAAUUUAAGCAACAUCAAUGUCAACAGCAUAGGCCGUUCACCUGUUUCAAUUGGCAUUUUGCAAAUCAACGGAGAAGACGUCCGGCUCGACGAUCGGAUGGAUCAUUUAAUUAUUCAGCGGAUGUAUAUUGUGAUAAAUACGACGAAAAUACUGGAAUAUGUCCUGAUGGUGAUAAUUGUUCACUCUUACAUCGAGUUGCUGGUGAUGUUGAAAGAAAAUAUCAUCUUCGCUAUUAUAAAACAGCGCUUUGCGUUCAUCCAACUGAUGCACGUGGUGUAUGUGCAAAAAAUGGUCCUCACUGUGCAUUUGCACAUAGCACACAAGAUUUACGACAGCCGCAGUUUGAUGCGCAAGAAAUUCAAAAUGGUGCUCUUUUGGAUCCAGAAAAUCGCGAUCGAACAAGUUUUGUUGUUGAAGAUCCAAUUUGGCAAGAUCAUUUGCAUGUUCUUUCAUGUUACAAAACGGAACCAUGUAAGAAACCAGCUCGAUUAUGCAGACAAGGUUAUGCAUGUCCAUUUUACCAUAACGCAAAAGAUCGACGACGACCACCGGCUCUGAAUAAAUAUCGUUCUACACCUUGUCCAGCUGCUAAAUCUGGUGAUGAGUGGCUCGAACCAGAUCAGUGUGAAAAAAGUGAUGAUUGUGGUUAUUGUCAUACCAGAACUGAACAACAGUUUCAUCCGGAGAUUUAUAAAUCGACUAAAUGUAAUGAUAUGUUAGAACAUGCUUAUUGUCCUCGUUCUGUUUUCUGUGCGUUUGCUCAUCACGAUUCUGAAUUACACGUUCAGCGAACACCUUAUUAUAAAUCUCCUGAUAAUACGACAUCUGCAGUUCAACCAAAACAAGGUACCACAAGUGGUGCUGAAUUAAGUAUAUCACCUGUUUUACGUAAUGAAAGCCAUAGCAUCAAUCAAGCAUCCAAUAUAGCAAUUGGCUCAACACCAACUUAUUCGGCUGUUCUGAAGCAUCGUCAAAAUAUAGCGAAGAACUUAUGCUCAAAUUUAGAUGAUGUAUUAUCUUAUUCGAAAGCGCCUGGGUAUGAACGCGUACAAAUAUCACCUCAGCGAGCAAUUGAUACGGCAAUUGGGCGCAUCAGAACUUCAUCGCUGAAUAUGGGACAAAUAGAUUUAGGAUAUUCUGUUACGGGAGCAGGUGAAAAUUUAGUUUCUUCAUUGCCUUCAUAUUCUGCUUUAAACACUGUUCCUCAGCGAUCAAAUGCGGAUGCAUCAAUCCAUGCUUUGCCACUAGCUAUUGAUGAACUUGCAUUAGAAGAUUUGGCGCUUUCUCCAAUUAAUGAAAAUCGAGAACACAGCAAAGUGGUUCAGGAUCUUUUCACUAAUACUCCGAUAUCAUCUUCAUCCUCGUCAAUGCAAAAUGCCGGUUCUCCACUUGGAACGUCUCCUUUAGCGUCACUUUCUGAGACAUUAUGUUCUCAACGUAAAAUUUCGGAUCAAGCUCAAGCAACUUCUUCACAGAGGAAAGUCUCAGCAAUAUCUGGAGGAACUACUGAAAAUAUGACGUAUGUGGACUUGGAACGAGAAUUGAAAAAGAAAAAUGAUGAAUUGUCUGCACAUCAUAUGAAAUUAAUUGCUUGGGAAGAUGGUCUAAAGCAAGCUCGACAAGCAUUGGUGCAGUUAGAAAUUUUAAAGCGAGAAUUACAUUUGACAGUUUAUGGGAAUAAUCAACAGACUUACGAUUUCCCGUCCUAUCAACCUGCAGCUAAUGCUUACAGCUUGUUCACACCGUUCGAACAUGACGAACAAUUGGACGGUAGUGGUCCAGUCUGUGCACGAUGUGGUCGAGACAAACGAUCGGAUUCAAGGAAUCCUUCCUGUAGGCUAUGUAGUUAA